AUGAUGGAGGAUAGGGAGAAGAAGGCGAAGGGCGACGAGGAGCCUCCUCGUGAGUCGCCAGAGGAGACGACAGACAGGAGGCUGGAGCGGAGGACGAGUACGACGUCCCCCGUGGCGGUAUCGACCAAGGAGGAGGCGAGGUCGGAAUCAGACUGGAUUCCUAGCUGCCGUGGGAGGACUAUUUCACCGCCGACGGGGCUGCUGGGAACGAAGACGGGGAGGAAACGACGGAGGAAGGAGGACGACGUGUUUCUGCCUCUCGCGAACCCUAAGCCGCCCGCACAACAACUUGCCUAG